CAUCCCAAAAAUAAAAACCUCAGAUUUGGAUUUUAAAAUGAUUCUGUUUUCCCUAGUCUUUAGGGUUAGGUUAAAGUUUUCUUUGACCAUCUGUUUUUGAUCUGUUUGAUUUUCCAUGAUACAGUGAGAGAAAGACAAUUAAAACGAAGGGAAAGAAAAAAAGUUUUAUUAGAGAGAAGAAGAUUUCCCAAAGAUGACAACAUGAUUUGUUUGUCGUUUAAGGUUUUGAUCUUUAAGUUUUGGAAGGGAUCGAUCUUUGAAAGGAAUUUGUUAGCCAACUUUCUUUUUAACAUUUUCUUCAGGCAGUUUCAGCCAAAGUUUAAUUAGAAGACAAAAAGAAGAGAUGUCAUCGUCAAACUCUCCUUGCGCGGCGUGCAAGUUUCUUCGUCGAAAAUGCACCCAAGAAUGCGUCUUUGCACCUUAUUUCCCACCAGACAAUCCCCAAAAAUUCGCCAACGUUCACAAAGUAUUCGGUGCCAGUAAUGUAGCCAAACUUUUAAACGAACUCAACGCUUCCCAACGUGAAGAUGCUGUCAACUCUUUAGCCUAUGAAGCUGAGGCUCGUCUCCGAGACCCUGUCUAUGGCUGUGUUGGCCUGAUCUCCAUAUUACAACACAGGCUUAAACAAGUGCAACAUGAUCUUAGCAAUGCCAAGAAAGAACUGGCUACUUAUAUUGGUCCACAAGCUAUGCUUCCUAUUUUACAACCGCCUGUUUUUUUGCAACAACAUGUUGGGAACGCUUCCUCAGCAGUGAUGCAACAUAACAUGAUGCCAAUGAUGGGGAUUCCUACAGCUGCUGCGGCGGCUUCGGCUUCACAUGGGGGGCAGUUGGUGAUAAGGGAACCACAACAACAACAGAUUUUUGAGGCUCAACAACAACUGGCUGCGGUGGUAGCAGCAAGGGAACAACAAGAAAUGUUCAGAGGUUAUGAACAACAUCAUCAGGGUCAACAACAGCAAGAGAUUGUAAGGUUUAAUGGUGGAUUUGAAGGGGCUGCUUCAGUUACUGGAACUGGGUUUAAUCAGAUAACAACUGCAGCUACCAUGUCAUCUUCAUUGGCUUUAGGAAGUUUUGAUAACCCUUAUCAGAUUCAGACACAACAAGAAGAUCAUCCUCAUCAUCAUUCUCAUGGGGGUCAUCCACUUCAAGCACAGCUUUUGCUUCAGCCACAACAAGGGCAACCACAGCAAAAUCAACAGCAACAAUCGCAGCAAAAUCAGCAGCAGCAACAGCAAAGGUCAGGAAGCGAGGAGGGUAGGAGUAUUGGUCCUUGUUGAAUUAAAAAAAAAAAAAAAAACCUCUUUUUUUUUCCCUUGUUUUUUCUGUUUGCAGCCUGAAUGCCUGCCUUUCCGCUUUCAUGAAAGCAAUCUUUCAUUCUAGUUGAUAUCAAUAAAAUCGUUUACCUCAGAGAUCUAAAGUCAGCAUUGGGUUUUUGGGGUUUGAUGCAGAGCUUCUUGGAACCUACAAUUAAAAAUGUAGGGAUCUGCUUUGAUCUUGGGAGUACAGUUUUCAGCUUUUGGUUUAGUAGAAAAAAUUCCUUUUUUAUUUUUAUUUUUUUGUUUCACUUUGAUUUCACUAUUUAAUACUGCAAUUAU